AUGGUGGAGUACUAUGAAGCCCUGGGCAUUCCCCGCAGCGCCUCCUCUGACGACAUAAAAAAGGCGUACAGGAAAGCGGCGCUGAAAUGGCACCCGGAUAAGAACCCGGAGAACAAGGAACACGCCGAGCGGAAGUUCAAAGAGAUCGCGGAGGCCUACGAAGUGCUGUCGGACAACAGCAAGCGCGACCUCUACGACCGCUAUGGCAAGGACGGGCUUACGGGGGCCGGGACCGGGGAUCCCCGGGGUGGUGCCGGAGCUCCGGGCUUCACCUUCACCUUCCGCGGCGCGGACGAGGUCUUCAGAGAGUUCUUUGGGGGACGAGAUCCUUUCGCCGACUUCUUUGAUGACGUGGGCCUGUUCUCAGAUCUGCAUGCCGGAGGCCCGCGGGGCCACGGACGGGUGGGCCCCUCUGUUGCCUACUCCUUCUGCUCCUACGCCUUCCCGGACCAGUCAGGGACCCCCUGCGAUCCCACGGCACUCCCCGGGGCCUGGCCCAGGCUGGGGGCUCCUGCUGUGAGGUUGUCGCCCUGUUUUUCAGAUUUCUUCUCCUCGUCCUUCAGCCCCGGCACCGACCCCGGAAUCGGCUUCCGCUCGGUUUCCACCUCCACCACCUUCGUCAACGGCAAACGCAUCACCACGAAGAGGAUCAUCGAGAACGGCCAGGAGCGGGUGGAAAUCGAGGAGGACGGAGAGCUGAAAGCGACAGAGGUGAAUGGUGAGGAGAAGAGCUGCUGGGUCUCUGGCUGGGGGUUGCGCAGGGCCGACGUAGCCAAAAAUGUGGAGCCUCAGGUGGGGCUGCACCGCCAGGAACAGCACGACAUCCUGAGCUCUGCGUCCGACUCCCCCACCCUGCAGCGCCCCCAGAGCACGGCCUCCUCCUACGUGCUCCCCGAAGAGGAGGACAAAGAUCUGCACCGGGCCAUGGCCUACAGCCUGUCGGAGCUGGAGGACGUGGGGCAGCACCGAGCGGACGCCCGUGGCUCCAAGAAGAGACGGGGCAGCUCGCGGCGGGCCCGCAAGGGGGCCAGCGAGGAGGCGGGCGCUGCCCUGGCGCCUCAGAGCAGGGCCAAGGGAGCAGAGAGCCCUGGCGGAGGAGACAAUGUGAAGGAGGGGGAGGAGAGGACGGCCGAGGUGCAGAAAGUGGGGAGCAAUCCAGGAGCUGCGGGGGGCGGGUUGGUGCCGGAGGAGAGCGAGUUCACGCUCAGCGACCUCAAGUCAGCGCUUGCUGAGAUCGAGUCUGCUCCUGACGAGAUGGAGUCGGUCGUGUGUGUCCUCCUGUGA